GUUUUUGAUCGUUUCUCUCAGAGAAUGUAGAGAUUUUUCUGCAAUUUAUUGGAGAUAAUCUGUUUUAAGUUGAUUCUCCGCUACAAAAAAUUAAUUCACCAUGAACUCUUUACUAAAGAUUUCAUGUGUUAUUCUAAUUUUGGUAGCAGCAGCAGUCGAAAAGUUGGAAGCCGGUGGAAACCUUGAAUGGACCAUCCUGAAGUACGUGAAUCCAGGCGGAAAGAUCAGCAAUGGACAGAUCUGUGAGUGGUACGGCCCGUGCGACCAUGUCUUCACGUUUGGAUUGGAUGACGUUAACGGCGAUGACAACCCACUAACCACUCCGUUGUUGACGAAGAAGACUUCAGCAUUCAACAAUGAAGACACGAACACAUUCACAAGUGGUGCUGACAACCACGGCGUCUUCAAUCCAAUCAUCUACCCCUUCACUUUUUGGAAGGGAGGCAUACGGUUAAAAGUGUCAGUGGUUGAUGACGAUAGUGUAUUUGGUUUUAGCCCCGACUACGUGGAUGGCCUUGUGUAUAAACUGGUUGCAAAACCAAGUGCCAGUUAUUUGUCGGCGGUAUCUGUCAGUACUGUCAUGGGAAUUAGGACCAAACUAUACUUCACAUACCGCGUGUACUGCGAUGCCAAUUAUUACGGAGAUGAUUGUGCCAAGAAUUGCGUAGGUCAUGAUGAUAGCCUAAAUGGCCAUUACAGUUGCGACUCGUUUGGAAACAAAGUUUGUCUAAAGGGCUGGGAGAACGAAGGCAACAACUGCAAGGACCGACAGAACGAUUGCGAGACGAACAACUGUCAGAACGGAGCUCUCUGCAUUGACGGCAUUCGUUCCUACACAUGCCAGUGCAAGCCUGGAUACACAGACAAAUACUGCGACACGAACAUAAAUGAGUGUUUGUCGGGUCCAUGUCAGAACGGAGGUGCGUGCAUUGAUGGAGUCAAUGACUACACGUGCAUGUGCCAACAGCCAUACGUUGGGAAGAACUGCGCAAAAACUGCCUGCACCGUUUCCAGCCCUUGCAAGAACGGUGGAUCAUGUUAUGGCGAUUCAAAAUGCUUGUGUCCCAGUAACUUCGUUGGAGAUUUCUGCGAAAUUCCUCUCUGCAACAAGACAGGUUGCUUGAACGGUGGAAAGUGUUCGUUGGAUGGAAGUUGCAUGUGUCCUCCAGGUGUUAGGGGUUUCACGUGUGACGUUGUGCUGUGCGAUUUCACCGGUGGCUUCUGCUUGAAUGGAGGAAUUUGUACGAAUGGCAGAUGCGAAUGUCCUAAUGAAUUCGCAGGCGCAACGUGCGGCGAGAACAUCGUAUGCAAGUACACGAGAUGUCAGAACGAGGGCCAAUGCAGGUCGGUGGUUACCAACACGUCGACAUCCUACGAACCAAAAUGUUUCUGUCCCAGUGGCUUUUCUGGAGCUUACUGCGAAAUUGUUCCACAACUGGAUGUUGUUAAAUACAACAACACGUUGAGUUAUGUGUCUGUGCCGGAUGAACUGAACAAGAGACCUUUCACGCCAUUGGAAAUCCUCUUCAUCUUCUUCAUCGUUAUGACGUUCGUUCUGUUCAUCAUCUGCAUUGUUCUCAGCGUUCUUCUCUGCAAAGCUCGCAAAAGCCUGAGCAGGAACAACAAGAAAAAGGUUCUGAAAAGCGUGACAUCAGUCACGUCUGACUGUUCGUCAACGUCUGAUGUUUUCUCAGAGCCAGGUAGAAGUACCGUCAACAGCAGCACCACCAGCAGCCACAACGACACCUUCAAAACUUCAGAAAACUUUUCCAUAUCCAACACGGUAACUUCUUCAGUUCUACCAAACAUUUAUUCGUCUACGUUGGAAGAUAGAGCCCAAGUUAACAAAAUAUUCGACGAUUGCACCUACUCCCGACUUAAUGAUGAAGAAAUCGGCUUUGGCGAAUGUUUAAAAAAAGGAGUGGUAGAAAAUGAAGUUAACAGUGAUAGCGCUCAAAUCUUGGACGCUUAGGGUUUCGGAAAGAAAUUAACGGAAAUUGUCGUGAUGUUCGAACAUUUACAGUUUUUUACUGAUGUUAACAUUUUUCAACAAAAAUGUUUCAUAUACUUAAGAACUUUUUGUUACUAUUAAUAUAAGUUACUAUAUAUUUUUUGUUCUUGUUCGUUUAGUAUACUAAUAUAGUUUAUUAAAAAUGCUUCAAAUUAAGAGAUACAAUUGACCAGUGAAUUGUGUUUUUGUAAGGUUUUUAUACAUCUUGAAGUUCUGUAAAUUUACUAAUCUUAUUGCUCAUACAUACAUGAUAGUAAAUCUAUCUGCUUUUAUUGUUAAUGUCAGAAUUUUCUAAUUUGAAAAUUUUUGAGACAUUAUUGUCGCAAACCAAAUCAAACUUCUAUUUUUGAAAGUUAAAAUAUAAAUAUUCAUGUUAUGCA